AUGAGAGUUUUCUUUUUAUCUGUUAUCCCCAAAACCAGAUACAAAUCUUCGAGUGCAUUUGGAGCAAAGGGCAAGCAUCGUGAUUCUUGUGAAACCUUAAACCUUAAUUUUCUUGGCAGAAGUCACAAGUGCCCUCAAAGUCAGCUUUCCCAUGUGAAACAAUUCGUCAAACACGCCCAAGUUAGGAGCAUGCUCCCAUGCCCAAAUUUCAAAUUUAACUCCAACACGUGA